UCGACCGACCGAGACGACUUAAAAUCAGAAGUAAAAUAUUGUGAUGUGACUGAUUGGUGUUGUUUUUAAUGUUGAAAUAAAAAUAGAUAAUAAAUGUGAACUUCCGAUAGUUGGAGUCAUUGCGAUUUAUUCUGGUAUCAUAUUCACAUUCCAGCAGCAUGUUGAUCGUGUCACACCUGUGCCGCUGCACUCAGCCGCUGCGAGCUGUGCAGAGCAAGCUGCUACUUUCCGGAACCAGGAAUUCAUUCAACAUUGGCAGUAGGCAGCUUGUGACGCCAGUCAGGAGUUCUAAUGGCAGACUGGGGAAUAAGGGUUUUAGGUUAAGUGAACUAGUCAAAUCAAACGGCAUGGUUGCUCGCUUCUGUGCAACCACUCCCAAGCCGAGGCCUCCCAAAGUGGUUGGCUACUGGCUGCUGGGCUGCAGCGGCAUGGUGUUCACAGCGGUGGUGCUAGGUGGCGUAACUAGACUGACGGAGUCUGGACUGUCGAUGGUGACGUGGCGGCUGCUGGGGGAGAAGUUGCCCACCACUGAAGAAGAGUGGAUGAGAGAGUUCGAGAAGUACCAGCAGUAUCCUGAGUAUAAAUACAAAAACCAGCACAUAACGUUAUCAGAAUUCAAAUGGAUUUGGUGGAUGGAGUUCGCGCACCGCUCGUGGGGGCGCGCAAUCGGCGCCGUCGUGCUGCUGCCAGCCGCCGCCUUCUGGGCACGGGGACUGCUCGACCGCCCCAUGAAGAUCCGCGUCAGCGUGUACUGUGCGCUCGUGGCCGCUCAGGGUCUAAUGGGCUGGUACAUGGUGAAGUCAGGUCUGGAGGACCGCUUCCAAGGCCCGUCGGACGUGCCGCGGGUGUCGCAGUACCGGCUGGCGGCGCACCUGGGGCUCGCCUUCCUGCUGUACGCGGGGCUGCUGUCCGGCGCGCUGCGCGUGCUGCGGCCGCCGCGCGCUGUGCGCGUGCGCGUGCGCGCGCUGCGGGCCGUCACCGCGCUGGCGCAUUCUGUCAAAGCUAUGGCGUUCUUUACCGCGUUGUCAGGCGCGUUCGUAGCGGGUUUAGAUGCGGGCCUAGUCUACAACUCGUUCCCCAAGAUGGGUGACCACUGGAUACCGUCAGACAUUUUAGAAUUCUCACCAAAGAUACGUAAUUUCACCGAAAACCCGGUUACAGUGCAAUUCGACCACAGGAUAUUAGGAACAACGACGCUAGCGUUGGCGACAGCCCUGUGGCUGAAGGCGCGGCGCAGCCCGCUGUCCCCCGCCGCGGCCCGCGUGGCCCACGCCGUGGGGGCCAUGGCCUGGCUACAAGUGGGGCUGGGCAUCAUGACUCUGCUGCACUACGUGCCGACCCCCCUGGCAGCGUCCCACCAGUCCGGGUCCCUCAUGUUACUGUCUUUAGCGAUUUGGUUGACGCACGAGAUUAAACUGCUCAAGUAUAUUCCUAAGUAGGCACAUUCAAAGUUUCGUUAGGCUAUAAAACUGAUUUAAUUAUGUCUGUAUCUUUUAAAAAAUAAAUGUCGUUCUGUCUACACCAUAUAUAUACAAAAAAAAAAACUGUAUAGUUUAGAUAUAAGCGCGAGUUUGGGCGUCUUCAUUUAAAAUCACUUUUAAAAUAUGAGAUUUUUGGAAAAGUAGUAAGCCAUAAGAUUUAUUAUGGCAAAGUUUAUUUGUAAAGUUAAAGCAAUUAUUUGAUUAAUUUCAAACGAGCUAAAACAUUCUAUAUACUGUCUGUCAAGAAAAAGAAAAAAUGCAGUUCGUUCAAAAACGGAUUUGUGAACAUACUAAAUUUCUUUGCUAUUGCAACCAUUCCAUAGAAUGGUCAAGAUUGGUCGAUAAACACUCAGUAUUGCCAGCCAAAAGCGCCUUCUUGACAGACUGUAUGUUCGUUUUGAAAAAACCUCGGAGUGUUUGACAAUAAGAGUCGAUCUAAACUAACGACACCCUAGGAGAUUUUCCGUCAACAAUAAUUCCACUAUUUUUAAACAACCUCUGGUGUUACUAUGGGCAGGUCUAUGUCGACGAGAAAAUGUGUAAAAUAAGUUCAUUAUUAUUUUAUUAAAGUGCAACAAUUGAUUUGUUAAAUUGAUUUUGCACUUUUUGACUCGUAUUUUUUAUUUCAAUGUUACAUCGCAUUUGUUCAGUCUUACUCUAAAUGUGAUAAUUUCCAACGAUCUCUAUAUGUUUACAAACAGGGAUUUACAUGUUUAAAACUAAACCAAUAUUAUGUUUUCAAAACCCUUAGAUAAUCGAAAUAGUUCUCGAUUAGACAGAGAGAUCCGAUAAACAUCCUUCAGUUUUGAAUCGAUUUUUAUUGUUAUUCCACAUUUUUAAAGGAAAUUUGAAUACAAAUUUUCAGUUUCAUGCAUAUUCCCUAUUCCAUGCAAAGUUAUGUAUUAUGAAAUACUUUCAAAUUUAUUUUAUACGUUCAGUAUUUAGACAAAUAUAGACUGGAAAUAUAGGAAGAA